AUGAGCGCCACCAGUGCCGUUGAAUCCGGAUCCCUGGGACGAGUCAGUCCUUCCGAGCAUUUCUCGAAAAACAUCAGUGACAUGCAGAAGCACAGCUCAUGCAGCCGGACGAUGGCGGUCCUCUGUUCUGUGUUGGCUACCGUAUUCCUACUCUCGACCAUCGCCCUGGCCAUCGUCAUCGGCGUCAGAGAGAACAAGGGGGAUGAGCAGAGACCAACAGAACCUCCAAAGAUCAUCCUAAUGUGCGAGGGCCCUGAAGCACGAGCGUUAAUGCUCGAGGUCUGCGAAAAUGGUACCGGGCUUGCCGGACAGUGGGCGAUAACAACUGGCACGCUCGGCACGACGCCUUCGCUGCCGCCUUCGCAGCCUGCGAUCACCGAAGAAGAAGAGCUGAUCCCAUCGUCAGCCGGGGCCAGUCAAAUAGCUUACAAUCGAUCGAUUCGAUCCCGGGUUGCUGACGAGUACUCGGGGAGGAGGACAAAGUUGGAUUGGCCAUUGCCUUCUGGCAGUCUCCACGCACACUAUCGGAGGGCUGCCGUGGCCUCGGACCAUGGGCUAUGCUCGGAAAUUGGCAGGGACGUUCUGAUAGAAGGAGGAAAUGCCGUGGACUCGAUGAUAGCAACCCUGCUUUGUGUGGGGGUCGUCAAUCCGCAGUCGUCGGGUCUCGGCGGUGGCUUCCUGAUGACGCUCUACAAUAAGACAACAAACCGCUGUAUAAGCAUCAACGCUCGCGAAACUGCACCGGCAGCCUCGCAUCAGGACAUGUUCGUGGAGACGCCAAAAGAAUCAGCUACAGGCUAUCGUUCCAUUGCCACUCCAUCCGAACUACACGGUUUCUGGACGACGUUCACUCGAUUUGGCUCGGGCAGGGUUACUUGGUCAAGGCUCUUCCAACCGGCCAUCAAAUUGGCCGAGGACGGAUUCCCGGUUUCGGCAAACUUGGCCAUGAUACUCAGCGACAAGGAGCAGGAGAUUCUAGAUGAACCGACGAUGAGGAGCAUUUUCGUCAACCCCAGUUCAGGCCGCGUUUAUGAGGAGGGUGACAUCAUGAAAAGAGAUACCCUAGCUGAUACGCUGAAGGCCCUUGCCGAGGAAGCCGACCCGGUCAACCUUUUCUACAAGGCCGGUUUCGCCCAAACAAUCGCCACCGAAAUCAAAGACAAGGGCGGGAUUUUGACCCAAGAAGAUUUGGCCAAUUACGAGACGGACAUUGACGAGACACCCAUCGAAAGUGAAGAGCUGCCUGGUGAUCUGGCGAUGUGCGGUCCUCCGCCUCCAAGCUCAUUUGUGAUAACGCAAAGUAUCAUCGCGGUCAUGGCUGAGUUCUAUGCGCAUCGGAGUGUCGAUUUGGAUGACCCUCUAGUGUAUCAUCACCUCAUUGAGGCGGAGAAAUUUGCCUACGCCCAGAGGACACGGCUGGGAGAUGCUAACUUUGUGAAGGAAGCCAAUGAAAUCGUUCGAAACAUGACGAACAAAGGCUACAUAAAGAAAGUGAAAUCUAUGAUCCUUGAAAAAGCACAGCCGCAGGCUUACUAUUUAGGAGGAAACACCAGUCAGCCACCUGAUCACGGCACAUCGCAUGUUUCGAUCAUUGAUGCCUACGGAAAUGCCGUUUCAACAACCUCGACGGUUAACUUAUACUUCGGUUCCAUGCGCGCCUCGCCAACACUUGGGAUUAUUUGGAACGAUGAAAUGGAUGAUUUCUCGACGCCGAAUGCUUCAAACGCAUUCGGUUUCGCUCCAUCGGAAAGCAACUUCAUUGCACCGGGGAAACGGCCAAUGUCCUCGAUGAGCCCAACGAUAAUCUAUAACAAGAAUGAUAAUCAGGUUCGCAUGGUUGUGGGGGCUUCGGGCGGUUCGUUCAUUAUUUCCACGGUGGCGCAAACCGUCAUCAGGACCCUGCUUUUCAAUCAAACAGUAAAGGAAGCCGUAGACGCGCCACGAAUUCACAACCAAUAUCUGCCGCACCAGACUGACUAUGAGCAGCAAUUCCCCAAGAGUCUCAUCGAGUCGUUGACCUCGAGCUAUGGCCAGUCGAUGCGAGCCGUCCCUAAGCAGAAAUCGGUCGCACAAGCUCUCGAGGUUCUCGAUGACGGAUUCAUUCACGGGAAUUCCGACUUCCGACGAGCAACCGCCACCUACCCGGCUGGAUUC